UUGUGCUUAUACAUAUUUUGUCAUCAAUAUGGGCGCGUUUUGCUUACAUAAAGUAAUUUUCACUGUUGCUAGUUUGUAGUCUUGUUAAUGUUGUAAUUAGGAAAUUCUCUUUCCUCCUACAAACUUAUUCACUUAUCGAGUCAAAUAUUAACAAUGGAUAAACAUAACAGUACAGAACUUAUCAAUUCGGAUUUUUCGUUGUCCAAAAACGCAAGUUCUGAUUCCUUGGAUUCGGAUUCAAAAUCAAGUUCAUUGAAUUCUAAACACGGACAAGACUCCCCCCAUGUACUGGGUGAUAUUCAGUUACUGGAAGGCGAGAAGGUAAUGGGAGUGGCUCGGGAUGUGGCGUACCUGUGUCCAUACAAUGGGCCCUCUAGAGGGGUUCUAAAAGUGACGAACUAUCAGCUGCACUUCAGACCUAUGGAUGCUGCAGCUAUUCACAGUACAUUGAAUGUGCCGCUGGGUGUUGUAUCCCGGAUCGAAAAAGUAGGUGGAGCUUCAUCUAAAGGCGAAAAUUCUUAUGGAAUUGAAGUAUUUUGCAAGGACAUGCGGAACCUGCGUUUCGCGCACAAGCAAGAGAACCACUCGCGGCGCGGAAUCUUCGAGAAGUUGCAACAGUUAGCGUUCCCGCUCUCGCAUCGACAGCCACUAUUCGCCUUCAGUUAUACGGAGAGCUUUUCUGAAGACGGCUGGCAUGUGUAUGAGCCCAUCGCUGAGCUGAGAAGGAUGGGGGUCAACAACGACAUGUGGCGAAUAACGCGCAUAAACGAUAAGUACGAAGUGUGCGACAGCUACCCCGCGGUAUGGGCGGUGCCGGCAGCGGCGAAUGAUGAACAGCUUCGCUCAGUCGCCGCGUUCCGGUCUCGAGGGAGGAUACCGGUGCUCGCGUGGAUACACCCGAGCUCUCAGGCCACUAUCACGCGGUGUAGCCAGCCGCUGGUCGGGGUCAGCGGCAAACGCAGUCGCGACGACGAGCGAUACAUCCAAACAAUCAUGGAUGCGAACGCUCAAGCACACAAGCUGUUUAUCAUGGACGCGCGGCCGAGCGCCAACGCUAUUGCCAACAAAGCCAAGGGAGGCGGUUACGAAUCCGAGGACGCAUAUCAGAACGCGGAGCUGGUGUUUCUUGACAUACACAACAUUCACGUGAUGAGGGAAAGCCUUAGGAAACUAAAGGAACUGUGCUUCCCACAGAUCGACCAGAACAGAUGGUUCAGCGGCAUAGAGGCUAGCUGCUGGCUGAAACACAUCAAAUGUAUAUUGGCAGGCGCUGUGCGCAUUGUUGACAAGGUGGAGAACCAAACGUCAGUGCUGGUCCACUGUUCGGACGGUUGGGACCGCACGGCGCAGCUCACUGCGCUCGCGAUGCUGAUGCUGGACCCUUAUUACCGCACGCUCCGGGGCUUCGAGGUGCUCAUUGAGAAGGAGUGGCUCUCGUUCGGACACAAGUUUCAACUGCGUAUAGGACACGGCGACGAGCGCCAUUCUGACGCCGACCGCUCCCCAGUGUUCGUACAGUGGGUGGACUGCGUCUGGCAGCUGCAGCAACAGUUCCCCACAGCGUUCGAGUUCAGCGAGCGACUGCUCAUCACCAUACUGGACCACCUCUACUCGUGCAGAUUCGGCACCUUCCUGUUCAACACGGAGCGAGAGCGAGUCAAAGAAGAAGUGAAAACAAAGACGGUGUCCCUGUGGUCGUACAUCAACAGCCGGCAGGAGCUGUACCUGAACCCGCUGUACUGGGGCCCAGCUUCUUCCGCGCCCAGCUCCCCGCCCGGGCCCUACUCGAGGCCGCAGGUGGUGCUUGUACCCGUGGCGUCGCUCAGGGUUAUCAAGCCAUGGAAGGCGCUUUACUGCCGGUGGAACCCUACAAUGAGACAGCAGGACCCAGUAUUCCAACGUAGCCGCGAGCUUGUCGCGCUCCGCGCCCAGCUAGAAGCGGCAGUGGCGGCCGCCGCGGGCGAUCACGCGGCCCGCCAACACCGCUUAGCUCUCACGCCGCCGAGAGUCGCGAGCCCGCACCAUGUUUAACAGAGGUCGUGUGAGAAAAUCGAUUUACCAUGUCGUUCUGUCAUAGAGGUAACUGUGUUCAAUCAAUGAUAUAGUACCCAAGGCUGAUCAAACUAUGUAUUAAACAAGCCGAUCCCAAUUAGAAGCCGCAGUGACGGCGUCUGCAAGUGAUCACGCCGUCGCGAGUUGCAAGCCCGCACCAUGUCUAACACUAGAGGUCGUAUGUAACACUUGACUAAUGGUUUAACAGCUAUGUCAGACUGUCUUAGGGGUUCCAACCCUCUUACAAUGUAAAACCAAGCCGAAACAAGGUAGCCGGGUAUUCUUUAAUGCUCACGCCGCCGCGAGUCGUUAGCUCGCACUAUGUUUAACACUAGAGGUGUGUUACACUUGAGAAUAUCAAGCUACCGAGCUAGAGAGGUAACUCAAUAUAUAGUACCCAAAACUGACCAUAAUGUAUGUGUUAAACCAAAUCGAGUCCAUCCGAAGACGUUGAUACCGUCAAAGCAAAACGUCUUAGUUCUCAGGCUACUACGUGUCGCCAGAUCGCACCACGUAUGACACGCAAAGUUGUAAGGUCAAUACGGGUAAGUGUGUCAUAAUCAUAAGGCGAAGUAUGUCUGGUCUUCACAUUUGACCCUUUUACUCAUUGUCCCAGGUGUUUUUGAUAGUUCAUACUUUUGCUACUUGCUACUCACGAUUAGUGGUAACCGUAUGAACUCUCAAUAAACACUGAUCAUUGGUUAAACAGGCCAAAUGCGAAAGCCAGAUACACUUACCCUUAUGACACACUUACCCGUAUUGAUCUUACUAUGUUGAGUAACAGCUAUGACAAGGUGUUUGUCAUCAUCAUGCUUAACCGUCGUGAGGACAUUUCUGAAAUUUCGGAAAACAUAGUUGUUAAAAGUCGGUUAAUCAUCCUUCGGUCCUUAUGAACACACAGCCGCAUAACUCCAUGGUCAUUUGAUGAAUGAAGUUAUUUAUAAUGUGUCCAUGCAAAUUUUGCUGGUCAUUGUACCAUUGUACCGCCGUACCGUGCCACGUGAUUCACUGUGUGCGGAUAUUUUCUUUGAGUAUAUAAUUUUUUUACCCUUUAAAUUCCCUCGGCUUUUUUCUUAACAUUUCAAUCUCUGUUCCUUAGUAACACAUUUUUUUCUUUCUGAGACCUACCAACAUCUCGUAUAAUUUUCGUCUUAAAUCUUCAAAUCUCUGAUCUUCCAGGAAAUAGAUUAAGUACUUUACCUGCCUAUUUGUAAGACUACUAGUGCAUCAUCGUAUUCGUCAUACUCAUCAUCGGCAAAUAUUUUCUCGCCAUGGUGUAUGUGUGUUCAGCCAACUAUAUCAAUGGUGCAUACUGCAUUCUUCAUUGUUUAAGGAUGCGUCCACACAAAUAUCGAUUAGGCUAACAUAUUCCUGGCCCCGUAGCCGAAUGGCAUUUCUGCGACGCGAAACGCCACCGAAACGCCGCAGAAAUGUAGUCUGGCUCUGUCGCGCCAAUACGCAAGAGCGAUAGAGAUAGAUCGACGAAAGAGAUAUUAUCGUGAGCGUUUCGUAAGCGUUUGUGCAUUCGGCUACGCACACUGAUGGCAUAUUUCGCUAUCGAAAGGAAAUAUGGAAAUAAAAUCUUGUCACUAAAAAAAGUCGCAAAAUUAUAAUUUUCUAUGGAACAAUAAACCUUCGCCCUACAUUUUUCAUAUUUGCCGCCUAUUUUUAGUAACAGGAUUUGCUUCGCCGUGCAUAAAAGAGGCGUCAUCACUCGUGUGGAUGCACCAAAGACUUACUUUUUGACGUAUUCCUUAUUUUCAUGAGGUCUGUGACUGAUAUCGAGGUAAUUUAAUACCGGCUACGAUUUGUUUAUGAUUGACUCAAAUAUUAUGUUUAAUUAGAUUUUUUUUGCAAUGUAAGUUUGUUAUGAAUGAUUAGCUGCAAAAUUUUCAGUAAAUUUUGCUUAUUAUAUAUAUUUAUAGUGGAGAGACUCAUAGUUUCAUGUGCUUGACAUUGACAAUUCAAAUGGUAUUUUACGCUAGUUUAUUAUGUGAUUAUGAUUAAAUAUUAUGUACUCUAACAUUAUGUUUAGAAUCGACCAAAAAUAAUUAAUAAAAGUGUAUUUGUAUCUUAUAUUAAUGCAUUUACCUGUUAUAUUCUCUAUUAUUUACUAUGAAGCUUAGUGUAUGUGAAAUAAUUUUAAGUUAUAUCGAAAUUUACCGAAAACUUUGGCAACUGUUUUAUGUCAUUCGGAAGCAAUAGCGUACAUAAAUGAAUCAAUACAAUUAAAAAGCCUGUUUUUAAAACGAUGUUUAUAUAUGUUUAGUUGGAAUUUAGAAAUACAGUUGCAUAAGUUUAUGGUACUUGUUAAAUGUGACGUUUCCAAGUUAUUUUUUAGGCUAACAAAAGUAAGUUUGUAAGUUUCAGGCCUGAGUGGACGCUUUGAGCGUUCGAUUCGGCGGGGCGGGCUCGCCCGCGUAUAUGCUAACGGCCCAGCCACGACAUUGGUCUAAGCGCGGCAGCGGCGAGCGGCAGCCAUACGUGCGAAUGAAAAGUCCCAUCGCUGUGUCUCGCUUCAAUGUAUGGCCGCCGCUCGCCGCUGUCGCGCUUAGACCAAUGUCGUGGCUGAGCCGUAACGCAGCGUCGACUCAGGACGUAUGAGCUUCAAUUGUUUGACUUGCACGCCGCACGCCCGACCGCUGCACGCUCAAUGUCAGCGUGCACUCAGGCCGUACAAGGUAUUUACAUUUUCUUGAAAACGGCACAUUGCGAAACGGACUGAAGUUCUUGUGUAAGGGCAUUUUCAGAAUUUGGGACCCCCCCAAUUAGCGUAAGUUGUUAACAAAAAUUAACUCGCUGUCAGUUUUGUGACGACAAUUAAACAUAAAAUCUAUCUAAAAAUUUACUUUUUUCACAUUCUGAAUGUAGAAUAUUUUUAUAGAAAUUUCAUGCUUAAUUAUCCUCACAAAACUGACAGUGAGUUAAUUUUUGUGAACAACUUAUUCUAAUUCGGUCCCUAAUUCUGAAAAUGCUCGUAAUUAAUAAAGUACUUAUACAUAAUUAUGUUCCUUAGCGUUAGUUACAUUUUGCCCUCCAAUUUGUUAUUCAGUUGAGUGUAAUCCAAUUUGCAUUUUAAUAUCUAAUACGAUUCAUCUUUGUAUGAAACGAAAUGAAAUUGAGGAAACUUGAAACACUAUCAGAAAUAUAAGUGCAUUAGGGUAAUUCCGAAUGACAGAAAUGCUCUGGUAAUUCCGAAAGGGGAAUCUUGAUAUGAUGGAAUUAAUGGUGAUUUUUAUGCGACUUUCGGAAUUACCCUAAUGCACCUUAAUAAAAAGUAGGCC